AUUUAUUGCCAAAUUUCACAUUAUUAACAUGACAUUUACAGAUAACCCUACUUUUAGGAAAAUCUUAAUACUUUGUGGUUUAAUGUAAUGUUUUUGUAAUACUUAACUUACAGUGCAUGGUAUAUCAAUUCAAGUGUCUUAUCAGUGCAUUACAUAGGAAAACAAUUUUUAUUUCCACUAUCAAAAACCGCAUAACCUACUUAUUUAUUGCAUUACAUCCCUUUCCUGUCCUAAUUUACAAUAAUUACGCUUAGUUUAAACUUAUUAUUCGACUAUUGAAGAUGGAGCCUACUUUGGCUAUGAAUUCCAAUGAGCAUUGCUUUCCAAUCGUUGAUUUAAAUGUUAUUGAAGAAAUAUUGAAUAACCCCCCGAGUUGGGUGCACAGAAUUAAACCACGCGUUAAACGAAGCUGCAGUGUUGUUGAGAAUACUUUAAGUGAUUGUCAUAUACCACAGGAACAUUUUAAAGUUAGAAAAAGGCUUGAUAAACGAAUGGUACCAAAAACACUCAUUUGCCAUGAUUAUAAGGGUGGUUAUAGGGAAGAUAGGUAUUUACAUGAUGAAAACUCAGAAAUUAUAGGUAAUAGCUAUACUUUUUAUAACUGGACACAAAUCGACAUUUUUGUAUACUUUAGCCACCACUUUAUAACCAUACCACCUGUAUGUUGGAUAAAUGCGGCUCAUAAACAUGGUGUUAAAGUAUUAGGAACUUUAAUAACCGAAUUCAACCCCGGAAAAGCCUUAUGCAAGUCCAUUUUUAAAGACUUACCAAGUGUAGUUGCUUUCGCCAAAUCUCUAGCUGCAAUAACACGAAUAUUUAGAUUUGAUGGUUGGUUAUUAAACAUUGAAAAUCCAGUGGAGGAAAUAGAUCUUCUAAAAACAUUUGUUAACACCCUCACAGGUUAUAUGCAUGCUGAUAACCCGGAAAGCUUAGUUAUAUGGUAUGAUAGUGUUAUAAAUGAUGGGAAAUUGGCUUGGCAGAAUGAAUUGAACUCUAAUAAUAUCGACUUUUUCGAGUCGUGCGACGGAAUUUUCCUGAACUACGUGUGGACCGAAGAAAAGAUAAUAAAAUCCCUGUCGCUAGCUGGCCAAAGAAACUUCGACAUCUACGUGGGAAUCGACGUAUUCGGGCGCAACACUUUCGGGGGCGGUAACUUCAAUUGUUUCAAGGCCGCCGAGAAAAUUAGGCAGUACAACUUGUCGAUGGCCAUUUUCGCGCCCGGUUGGACGCACGAGACCUUGAAGCCGGAGGAUGGGCCUUUUUUCGAGACUUUCGUUAACAGGGAUACCGCGUUUUGGAAAAGUUUGGCCCCGUAUUUGUACACUCAUCCUACGAAUACGGUUUUCGAGACCGAUUUCCAUAUAGGGCUCGAUAAGAACCACUUUAACAUUUUUAAACAACAGCACCAACUCUCGUACAACUCUUACCCCGAAUUCCUCGCGAUGAUCGACAAAAGCGCGGAAAUUUUGCCGCUGAAAAACGCGUGCGACUGCGUAACGACCACAGUGUCCAACGACGCGAAAGCCUACCGAAUCUCGACGAAAAACCUGUCGAAAAACAACGCGUACGUCCACCGGUUGUUCACCUGCGACCUGAAGAUCAGAGACAACUCGUACGUGUACUUCGUAGCGAAGCCCGCAGAAGGUUUCGAAGCCGCGCGCAUGAGCCUGCUGCUGCUGACGACAUCUAACGGCAGCUUCAGGAAGGUCAAGCUUCUGGGAGUGCCGCAAAAGAAUUGCGCGAAGAACUCGACUUUAGUCGAGAUCAACCCGAUUGUGGACGAGGCCACCAAGUUUAAAAUCGCUGGCAGACAUGCCGGUUUGCUGAGGAGGCAUAACUGCCAUUUGAGCGCCUAUUCACUGUCCAUGCCAGCCUGUGAUAUUUUAGAAAUAGGGGCCAUUGUAGAAAACGGCCCAUCCAUUUUACUGUACGCUUUUGGUGUAAAAAGUGGACCACAACUAUAUUAAUAAACGAUUUUAU